AUGAAUUUCUCAAUUUUCGGAAGCCAAUCGCGCGCACUAAUGCAGAAAGAAGUAUCUAGAUUGGGUCCUCCGGAUGAGAAUGUCGAUAAUGAGAGUUGGAAUCAAUCAGACGAUGAUUCUGACAAUGAUAUACCUUGUGCACAACGACCAAUAGCAACUCCUACUUCGGGAUCACGCAAAAUUGGAACGGUUUCUUGCUUUGAUUCUUCUCAAAGUGAAGGCGCAUACCACUUCUUCGAGUCAAAAGCAGAUAAGAUUCCUUUUAACUUCAAAGAUUCUCAACAAUCAAUCGUCGAAAAAGAAAACUACUUUAACUUUUCACAACAUGGCGCAUCGCAACACUCUCAAAGAUCACAGUCUUGUUCGCAAAUGUCUCCAACUUUUUCAAGGAGCGACAUACCAGAUAGUGACGAGUAUUACGGAUCUCAGAUCGGCACAUCACCCAAUGAUUGGGAAGGGUUUCCUGAAGAUCACUAUCGCUGUGUUCCUAAAUACUUGAAGAACAUAAUCAGACAGUGGAGAAAGGAAGAGAUGCAAUUUGAUACCAAAACACUCUUUGACAACCAAAAAGAAAUUACCGAGCGUACAAGAGCCAUCGUUAUUGAUUGGCUAUUACACCAAUGUUCAUAUUUAAAGGUACCAUCGCGUGCUUUGUUCUUGGCAUGCAGAAUUUUCGAUAAAAUGAUAUCAGUUGAACCGUUUGAUACCGAUUCUGCUUUCUUGACUGCAAUGGUUUGUUUAUCUUUGUCAGCCAAGGUAGAAAACACAUUAUAUCCAGGAGCAAACAAAUACGUACGAAUUCUUAACGAUGAAAAUAUAGAAUGCACAGAAAACGACUUUACAGAACGUGAAAUUAAAAUUCUUUCAUUUUUGAAUUUUAAUAUGACGUAUACAACUCAAAUACAGUUCCUCAAACUGUUCAUGAACGUUGUCCAAGCCGAUUUCAGAACAUCCCAAUGCGUUAUGUUCGUAGCUUCUUGUUCUUUAUUGAGUUCUGAACUUGCAAUGGAAAGAUCCGAACUUGUGGCACUUUCGGUUCUGGCCAUUGCUUUAAAUGCAUGCGAAGUAUCAAUGGAUGUCCUAAAUGAAGAAUUUAAUUUGUUUGGCUUCAAAAAGAUAGAGAGUAUAAUAGAGAAGAUUUUGGCAACAAUUCGCGGAGUUUUGGAUGACCGUGAAUCAUUGAUUCAGGCUCAUUUCAACUCAAUGAGCUACCAACCAACGAAUAUCCAAUAUACAAUGCCAAAAUUCAAAUCAGAGUAA